UUUUAUCACGGCACUUCCGCGUCGCCAGGUUUUCAAUCCGUUUGACGCUUCUUUUGGGAGGAGAUCUCCCGAUUUGUCCAAAAGAGUCUUUAAACUAUAAGUGUGUCUUGUUGUCAGUGUUUCAGGUCGUGACACCGGGACCAGUGACAUGCAGGCGAUCAGAAACUACUUCCGGACUCCCUGGUCCUGUGACGCGAGGCUGGACGACAGGACCGCGGUCAUCACCGGGGCCAACACGGGCAUCGGCAGGGAGACGGCCCUGGACCUGGCCCGGAGAGGGGCAAAGGUCAUCAUAGCGUGCAGGGACAUGGAGAAAGCCGAGGCGGCCGUGAAAGAAGUCAUCGAGAGCUCGGGCAACAGCAACGUCCACUGCAUGAAGCUCGACUUGGCCGACACCAAGUCGAUACGAGAAUUCGCCGAAGCCAUCAACAAAGGAGAGUCGAAACUCAACAUCCUCAUCAACAAUGCUGGCGUGAUGGUGUGUCCCUACGGGAAGACGGCAGACGGCUUUGAGAUGCAGAUCGGUGUCAAUCACCUGGGUCACUUCCUGUUGACUCACCUGCUGCUCGACCUGGUCAAGCGGUCGGCGCCGGCCCGGAUAGUCACCGUGUCGUCCAUGGCCCACUCCUGGGGCACCAUCAACCUGGAGGACAUCAACAGCGAGAAGGGCUACAACAAGGGGAAGGCCUACGCUCAGAGCAAACUGGCCAACGUCCUCUUCACACACUCGCUGGCCAAAAAACUAGAAGGCACCGGUGUGACGACGUACUCUCUCCACCCCGGAGUCGUCCAGACGGACUUGUGGCGCCACCUGAGCGGCCCCGUGCAGUUCGUCAUGAAGAUGGUCAGCCCCUUCACCAAAGACUCCGUCCAGGGAGCGCAGACGACCAUCUACUGUGCCGUGGAGCCGUCGCUGGAGAAGGAGAGCGGCGGAUACUACAGCGACUGUGCCCCUGCCAGCUGCGCGGCGGCGGGAAAAGACGAUGACUUGGCGCAGAAGUUGUGGGAUCUGAGCUGUCAAUUGCUCUCCAUAACGUCAGACUAGAUUGCACUUGCCUUUAUGCACUAAUGUGAUGAAUUUUUCCUACUGUCAUAGAUAUAUACAUACAAUAUAUAUAUUUAUUUUUUUCUUACUGCUCUUGCUUUAUAAUAUAGAUAUUAAAAUACAGUAUUCACACAACAUGGCACUAUUUAUAAUUAAGAAAAAACGGAGCUAAGUUUACAUUUCCGAUUUACAGGAAUCAUCUUUAAUACCUUAAAAAUCCAUUUUAAGUAAUAGUUUCAUUGUGGAUGUUUGGAUUGUUGAAUUGCUCACAGAAGAAACUUUUUAAUGUCUUCAACAUGUCAUACUAUCUUCUUUUUUUCUGACAUAAACUUUUUCUUACACACCAUAA